AUGACGGCGGUUGGUGGCAUCGAACCUCGGCGACUAGCUUUACGGUACGAGCCUCCUGGCAUCAUUGUCGAGUAUAUCUACCACAGCACCGCGGCCAAGCAGCUUUAUCACCACGAAAUCGACCUGAAGACGGAGCUGUCGUCUUUUGGAGCUAGCAGAUUAAGCCUUGUCCGACUGGUUCGAAAGCUGGUUGAUCAUCAAACCACAGGCCGAGAGUCUGUAGCUACACGGGCCCCCAUGCUACCACAAGCGGACUACAAUCGAGUGUCCGAAACACAGCUCAAGCAAGUGAAGCAGAAGAUGGACCUGGUCUUUGAGCAAAACAUCAUUCGCCCAGACCAAGCAGGCUACCAAUACGACAAGCAGAUCGAGUUCCAGCAAGCAACAGAGAUCUCCGAUUGGGACGACUAGCCCACGAUAACAGUCAUAAAAAUAAACUGGAUAAUAGCAGAUUACAGAGUAACAGCGGUCGAUCGCAUCCACUUGACGUCUCCUCACACUUCGAUCGCCAUUUGGUCGAGCGUCAUUUCCAGGCCUCCCACGAGCUUACACACCCUUCUUGCGCAGUUGGUGGAAGUGUACGAACUUGGAUUUGCGCUUCUUGUUGUUCUUCUUGUCCUUCUUAGCCUUCUUGACGUCUUCCAUGUUUGCGUCGGCC